GAACGGGUCAAAGUAAAUUCAAAGAAAUGAAUUGGGCAAAGCCGAGCAAUGACCAAUGAACACGAACCAGAACGACACCAUAGUUGCGUAAUGUUGAAAGAAGGUUGAGUUUGAACAAGUAACAACUACCCUGCUUCUUCCACAAUUUGGUACAUCACCCAUUGGGAAAUACAAUGCGAAGAGUCUGCUAUUCCUCCCCAUAGUUUCUCCACCCUUUUGUCCUUUUCUCUCUCUCUUUCAAAGGAGAGAAAUCUGGGAGAGAGAGAGAUAAAGACUACCCAACUGGCAAUUACUUCCUUCGACCAUGCAAUUGAAACCUCUCAACACCUUAACCGUCACGCUGAUGUUGUUCUUCACUUUCGUGAUCCUGUUCUUCUCCGGUUUCCUUGAAUUCCCAUCUCUCGCCAACUCAGUCGAACCCCUUUCCAAACCCACCGAGAGCCUCAAUUCCGAGCCUGACCAAUUCACUGAUUUGUUUACUGCUUUCAAGAAAUGGGAUUCUCGAAUGGGUUGUGCCCAGUUCAAGGAAAAGCACAAGGAUUUGAUCCAUUUGCUUUCCAACAGGUCUGGGUCUUUGCAGGAAGCUGUUGCUGAUUCUGGGUGCAAUGAGUUGAAAAUGGAACAUGUUACUGUUUUGGUCAAAGGGUGGACUUGGAUUCCUGAUAAUUUAGAUAAUUUGUAUUCUUGUGGAUGUGGAAUGAGUUGCUUGUGGACUAAAUCUUCCGUUCUUGCUGAUAAACCUGAUGCCUUUUUGUUUGAGACCACUACCCCUCCACUUCAGAGGCGCAGUGGAGAUCCACUUCGUGUGUACAUGGACCUUGAGGCUGGCAGGAGGCAUUCAGGUCGGGAGGAUAUAUUCAUCAGUUACCAUGCAAAAGAUGAUGUUCAGUCAACAUAUGCUGGUGCUCUCUUUCAUAAUGGCCGAAAUUAUCAUGUAUCUUCAUAUAAGAACAAUGAUACGCUUGUUUAUUGGUCAUCAUCACGUUGCCUUCCUCAAAGAAACCAGCUUGCCAAGAGGCUACUCAGAUUGCUACCUCACCACUCAUUUGGAAAGUGCCUGAACAAUGUCGGUGGUUUAGACAUGGCCCUUUCAUUCUACCCUGAGUGUGCCAAUGAUGCCAAUGCCCCAAAGUGGUGGGACCAUUUACAUUGUGCCAUGUCUCAUUACAAAUUUGUCCUUGCAAUUGAAAAUACCGUUACAGAGAGUUAUGUGACUGAGAAGCUAUUUUAUGCUUUAGACUCUGGUACAGUUCCUAUCUAUUUCGGUGCUCCUAAUGUCCUGGACUUUGUCCCUCCACAUUCAAUAAUAGAUGGAACUAAAUUUAGUUCCAUGGAGGAACUGGCUUCCUAUGUGAAAGCCCUCGCUAACGACCCUGUAGCUUACGCUGAGUACCAUGCCUGGAGAAGAUGUGGUGUAUUGGGUAACUAUGCAAAGGCCCGUGCAGCAAGCCUUGACACAUUGCCAUGUCGAUUGUGUGAGGCAGUAAGUAGAAGAGUUGAGUAUGAGGAUGACAAAAGCUCCCACAGUAGGAACUUGAGAGGCUCAUUUUGCUCAGCAACAGGGAAGUGUAAGCCUGAAGCCUUUGUUAACAAAUUAUAUCAUGCAUCAGAUCUUGCAGGCAACUCUUUAUCAUCAUCAUCUUCCUUAUGGAACUUCCAUACAGAAGCCAUGAUUCCACUGCAUGUUGAAGGCUUGCUCUUCUGGAUCUUCACAGUCUUCAAUUCUUCUGGUCUCCUUUUAAGGGAAAUGAUGCAAACAGUCCAAAGAUAUAUGAGUAGAACGGUUCCUCAGAUUCUGUAUAUAACUUGUAGCCCAAGGUCUGUCAACAAAACAAGAGCAGCCCAACCCCUAGAAACUGUUACAAAAGGCAAAUGAAUAACAUGUGAAGCCGAAUGAAAGAACGUUCUCUCUCUCUGAACAUGAGUAGAUGACAAUUGGACGGGUCGAGUUUGGAUGAAGUUAUUUUUUGUCAAAUUUUUUUGAGAUUGAGUUAUUUUGAGUUUAACUCAUUUUAGAUUUAAGAUAUUCGGUUUGAUACUCGGUU